UUCUUAUUGACAAUGGAGAUCUUCAUUAGGAUUUUCAAUAAUGUUUCCGCUGGCGUAAGGUUGUGUUUCGUCGCCUGUAACCGACGUGUGCAGUUGUGCUACAGCUGAUCGCUGUCUUGUUAGUUUCGCCGCAUUGUUUUUCUUGAUCUCCGCGCCGGACGGAAGAUUGCUCACCGCAAUUGGAUUCAGACUUCGCUUGUUUGAAUUUUGUAAUCGCCACGCACUGUUAAACCCUAAUUUCAAAUUUUUACGCAGGCGAGAGAAGGAGAAUGGCGAUAGCAGCGCCGGAGCAGCUGAACGUAACCGAAGUGCCGGCUUGGGGCUCUCGAAGCGUCGAUUGCUUCGAAAAAUUGGAGCAGAUUGGUGAAGGAACCUAUGGACAAGUUUACAUGGCUAAAGAAAUCAAAACAGGGGAAAUUGUUGCCUUAAAGAAAAUCAGGAUGGACAACGAAAGAGAGGGGUUUCCCAUAACAGCCAUCCGUGAAAUUAAAAUAUUGAAGAAGCUUCACCAUGAGAAUGUUAUCAAGUUGAAAGAGAUUGUGACCUCUACUGGUCCUGAGAAGGAUGAACAAGGGGCACCAGAUGGCAACAAGUACAAAGGUGGAAUUUACAUGGUUUUUGAGUAUAUGGACCAUGAUUUGACUGGUCUUGCUGAUCGUCCUGGGAUGAGAUUUUCAGUGGCACAGAUUAAGUGCUAUAUGAGGCAGCUUUUGACCGGGCUUCACUACUGUCAUGUAAAUCAAGUUCUUCACCGUGAUAUUAAAGGCUCAAAUCUUCUGAUUGACAAUGAAGGAAAUCUAAAGCUUGCAGAUUUUGGUCUUGCUCGAUCAUUUUCAAACGAACACAAUGCUAAUCUCACAAAUCGAGUGAUUACCUUGUGGUACAGGCCACCAGAGUUGCUGCUCGGAGCCACAAAGUAUGGCCCUGCAGUUGAUAUGUGGUCUGUUGGUUGCAUCUUUGCCGAGCUUCUCAAUGGGAAACCAAUCUUUCCUGGGAAAGAUGAGCCGGAACAAAUAAAUAAAAUCUUUGAUAUUUGUGGAGCGCCUAGCGAAGAUAUUUGGCCCGGGGUCUCGAAAAUCCCUUGGUAUAACAACUUCAAGCAUGGAAGGGCUUCAAAGAGGCGUCUCAGAGAACAUUUCAGGCACUUUGAUCGUCAUGCAUUGGAUUUACUGGAUCGGAUGCUGACUCUUGACCCAUCUCAGAGAAUAUCAGCCAAGGAUGCUCUUGAUGCUGAGUAUUUCUGGACAGAUCCAUUGCCUUGUGAUCCCAAGAGUUUGCCAAAAUACGAAUCUUCCCACGAGUUCCAGACAAAGAAAAAGCGGCAGCAGCAACGCCAGCAAGAAGAGAACGCAAAACGCCUAAAGCUACAGCAACAGCAUUCCCGUCCGCCGCCAUUUCAGCAGGGUCACACUCACACCCAAAUACGCCCAGGUCCGAACCCGCAGAUGCAUGUUUCCCAACCCCAGGUUGCUGGAGCACCGGGCGGGGGCGGUCACCAUUACGGUAAGCCCCGCGGACCUUCAGCAGGGCCUGGGAGAUAUCCUCCGGGAGGGCAUCCCUCCGGGGGCUACAACCACCCAAGUCGAGGCCAAGGUCCAUACCCACCUCAGGGGCGAGCACCGCCCCCUUAUGGUUCUAGCGGUAUGCCAGGUGGUGCAGGUACAGGGGUAGGUCGAGGAGGAGGAGGAGGUGGCCCUAACUACCCCCAUGGUGGUGGUGGUGCUCCGUACGGAGCUUCUGGGUCCGGAGGAGGACGCGGGUCCAGCAUUAUUCCCGGCGGCGGCGGCAACCGCAAUCAGCAGUACAAUUGGCAGCAAUGACAUGGUAUUAUUAUUGUUGUCUGUACUUUUGGCUCUUUUCUUGAGAUGACAAAGCUGUUGUGGUUCUUGGCGAAGAGAGAGAGAGAGAGGGAAGAGAAGUGGUUUGAUGCAUUACGAAUUGAGAUUGGGAUUGUAAGGGAGGCAGACAAAACAUAUGAUACGCCACGAUGAUACUUGGUUGUUGGUAUGGACCAUGCUAUCCUAUGGUUUGGUAUAUAGUGUCAAAAUCCAUGACUCUCUCUCUCUCUCUCAACCGUAUGUCGCUUUAAAAAAUUAAUUAUAGUCCCGUAAAGAACGGCCCUGUGGUGUAGAAAUGGACUCGUGAUCUUGAGAUUAUGACUUUAAACUCGAAUGUUUUCAGGUUCACUUGCAACA